AAUAAAUAUUUAUUAUUUCAUAAUAUAUUAUAAACAUAUAAUAUAUAAAAUAAUUUAUAUAUAUAAUGUUUAUUCUGCGUAAGGCGCGGAUCUUAACCUAGUGUAUGAUAUAAUAUAAACAAUGAUUAAUGACAUUUUUAUGUGAUUUUUUUUUGUUUUUAUGUGUGUGUUUUUUCGGUUUUGGACAUUCGACCGAAAACGGGAGAAUGAAUGGGUUAAAAAUUUUGAGACGAAAGUGAUUGUCGGGGAGAUCUGAUUGGCUUCAUAAUCCUUGUCCAAAGUGCUAACUUACCUAACACUUAAACAAAUAAAGACAGCUUCUUCAUUUGGGUUUUUGAAUCAAACGUCUCACCUAAACCCUAGAUGAAUGGAACUACCUACGUACAUACUGUAUAGUGUUAUUUAUAUGUUUAUCAUUCUAAAAAAGAAACGUUUUAUAACGAAAAGAAAAACAUAAGAAAAUUAGAAAAAGAAAAGAGAGAAACAAUAUGGCAACUGGCAACAAAGACAAACUCAUUUGAUUAAGAUAGAGCUACUUAUGGUAUUUAUUACAAUAGGUAUAACAUGAAAUUAUGAACACUCAUUAUUCAUGUUCCCAAAUAUAUCAAUAAUUCAAAUUAUUACAACAUUAACUUUUUCUAGUGUCUACUACUAUACGGUUACAUGUGCGGCUCUGUAGCUCUAGGUCAGAUUGCACACAUCAAAAGUGUCCUCUUUUCUUUAAACAUCAUUCACUUUUUUGAAAAGGUCACAUGUCCCUCCAGUUCCAUAAAUAGAACUCACACUUGACUUCCCACGACCACAUCACUUAGCAUAACAUCUAUAUCAAACCUUUAUUUUCCUUCUCUUUAUAUAUUAUCUAUAGGCUAUAUACACAAAGUAUACAUGGAUCCUUCCAUCAAAGGAGAUCAGGAAAUGUUAAAAAUCAAGAAACGAUGUUAUCAAGAUCUUGAGUUAGGUUUGACCCUUUUUCCACGUGGUACAACUUCAUCAGAACUCAAUCUCAUCGAUUCUUUCAAAACCAGCUCAUCAUCGACUUCUCAUCAUCAUCCUAACCGUCAAGAACAUGUGGAAGAUCCAAGAACGUUCUCGUGCAAUUAUUGUCAAAGAAAGUUCUAUAGCUCACAAGCACUAGGCGGCCACCAAAACGCUCAUAAACGCGAACGUACCUUAGCUAAACGCGGACACUACUACAAGAUGAGUCUCUCCUCCUCCUACUCCUCCUCAUCCUCAUCCUCUCCUUCUUCAGCGUUUGCGUUUGGCCACGGUUCAGUCAGCAGAUUCGCGAGCAUGGCAUCGUUACCGUUACAUGGCUCGCCGAGUAACAGAUCAACGCUAGAGAUUCAUGCUCAUUCAACGAUCCAUAAUCCUUGUCUAGGAAGACAAACAGCGAGUUUAAGCCAUGUUUUCAAACAGAGCGUUCACCAGAAACCGGCUAUCGGAAAGGUGAUGCCGGAGAAAUUUCACAUUGAAGUCGCCAACAGUAACAUUGAAUAUUUCAAGAGCAAGCAAGAAGAUCAUAAUCAGUUUAAGAAGAUUGACUUGACCCUUAAGCUAUGAUCUAUUGAUUGUCAUCUUGUUUUAGUCUUUAUUAUAACUUUUACGGUUUUUUAUUAUCUUUUGAUUAUUACUUUGUUUGAUAUAAUGAUUGACUGCAGGAUGUGGUAGAGUUUCAUCAAUUAAGCUGUGCCUUUUUUACUUGAUAUAUUGCUGUAUAGUUCAAUAUUUGAGGUCUAUUUUGAGCCUAUGUAGUACAAUACUCAAAACUUGAAUUAAAUUGUAUUACGGAGAAAGUGAUAGCCAUUCCACAUA